CUUAGACUGUAACGCAGUAGAAAUAUGUUCAUCUGAGACAGGAACAAUUUGCCGGCUAAGUUCAAGCAUUUCCAAAUCAAUGGUUACUGGAAGUAAUACCUGUUUUCGUCAUGAACUGGAGCACACAUGUGGCUGGAAUUCCUAUUUGAACAGAAGAAACGGAUAUUGCCAGUGUGUCAUGGACUGCGAUUGUAGAGCUGUAACACCUCCUGUAGGCCAGUUUUUGACCACCACAGUGAAGAUGGGUGGCCAACAGUUUCCUGCUAACUGUAUGAAUACAGCCGGUCAUAUUUGGACGAUGAUACAAAGACGAGUCGAUGGCUCUGUCAACUUUUACAGAGGAUGGACAGAAUACAAAAACGGAUUUGGUGACCUCCACUCUGAGUUCUGGAUUGGACUUGACAACAUCCGUUUGUUGGUCACCAAUGGAUAUACAGUUUUACGUGUGGAAUUGGAAUACGGUACAGAGUCGGUGUACGCUGAGUACAGUAGUUUCUACAUAGCGGGGGAGGAGGACAAGUAUCGAAUCCAUGUGUCUGGGUACAGUGGAACAGCUGGAGACGGGAUUUCGUGUAGAACAAGUUACUGCAACAAUGAUGCGCAGUUUUCUACAUUUGAUAAUGAUAAUGAUAUUGAAAGCACUAAAAACCAUGCUGAGGAGUGGCGGGGUGCCUGGUGGUACAACGACGGGCACCGGUCAAACCUUAACGGUGAAUACGGUAAUAACAAUCACGGAGAAGGGAUAAGCUGGUACUUUUUCAAGAGAUGGACGGUGUCGUUGACACAAACUAGAAUGAUGCUAAGACGAGCAUAAAAAGUCCAUGGUUGUAGAAAAAAAAAACAUUUAAAAUGUAAAACGUUUAGAAAGAUUUACGUCAACCGGUGUGAAAAAAUAUUUUACCUCUCACUUUAAUUUACAAGAAUCAUGAUUUUUGUUUUUGUAUUGAUUUUCCAAUUCUUCAAACUAUUUUAGAGUAUAAUAUGACUGUGUCUUUCUUGAAAACAAUUAGCUCUUUAGAGGGUAAAAUUUGCAAAUUCAUGUAUGAUGAAAUGAUUUCUAACGUUUUAGGGAUAAUUCAUUAAUAAUA